ACGACAGUGACAGUUCAUUAUUAUUUAUUGCAUAUUUAUAUUUAUUCCUCAUUCUCCUUCCUCUUUAUUGAUUUUUACAUUUUGUUCAUUUACAAUUACAAGAAUAUAGAUAAAAAUACUAAAAUUUACGCAGAUCUUGUUUUGGGUGUAAAUCGUAAAAUUGAAGUAUGGAAAUAACACAAGAAGUUAGUGAAAAGACUUAUAAAACAGAAAAUGAUAAUGAUCUGGCUUGUGAAGAUCCUUUGAGUACCUACAAAGUUGAAAUAAAGGAGGAACCCAAACAAGAAAAUACAUACGAUGCAUUUGAGUAUUUAGAAUUAAAUGAAUUCUCCCUAAACACUACUAAAGUUAAACAAGAUGAAUAUAAAUUUAAACCAUUUGAAGACAAUCAAACAACAAAUGACGAAAGUUGUUCCCAGGAGAAUAAAAUGAAAACUGUGGAAACUUUACCUACACAUUCAUCUCAUAAACAUGAAGGAAGCUGUAAGGAUGGACACUCGGAAGCAGAAAUUUCAAAUAAAAAUAUAAAAGUCAGGACUGGACAAAGGCGUUACAAAUGUGAAAUUUGUUUUAAGCAUUUUUAUCAAGCAUGUAAUAUGAAACAGCAUAUGAAACUUCAUACAGGAAAAAAACCUUACACGUGUGAAAUUUGUUUCAAGCAGCUUUCUCGUUCAAGUGAUUUGAAACAACAUAUGAGAAUACAUACAGGGGAAAAACCUUACACGUGUGAGAUUUGUUUUAAGAAGUUUUCUAGAAUUAGUAGUCUAAAAAUUCAUUUGAGAGUGCAUACUGGUGAAAAACCUUACAAGUGUGAAGUUUGUUUCAAGGAGUUUGCUAAAAAAUGUCAUUUAACUGGACACAUGAGAGUUCACACUGGCGAAAAACCUUACAAGUGUGAAAUUUGUUUUAAGCAGUUUACGCAAACAGAUGUUUUAAAAAGACAUUUGAGAAUACACGCUGGAGAGAAACCUUACAAAUGCCAAAUUUGUUCCAAGCAGUUUUCACAAAAAAAUGUUUUGAGGCAUCAUCUGAUGGUACAUACUGGGGAAAAACCAUAUAAGUGUGGAACAUGUUCUAAACAGUUUAGAAAUGCAAGUAAUUUGAGAACACAUUUGAGAUUGCACACUGGAGAAAAACCUUACAAGUGCGAAAUUUGUUUUAAACAAUUUAGUGAUUCAAAUGCAUUGAAAAGACAUUUGAGAGUGCAUACUGGGGAAAAACCUUAUAAGUGUGAAAUUUGUUCCAAGCGAUUUUCGCAAUUAGGUCAUAUCAAACAACACAUGAGUUUGCAUACUGGAGAAAUACCUGACAAGUCUGAAAUUUGUUGUAAGCAGUUUGACACAGCUUGUGAUUUGAAACAACAUUCACCAACACACACUGGACUCAAUCCUUACAACUGUGAAAUUUGUUUUAAGCAGUUUUCUCAAAAAAGUAAACUAGAAAAUCAUUUCAGAACCCAUACUAGAGAAAAACCUUAUAAUUGUGAAAUUUGCUUCAAACAGUUUGCACAAGUAGAAAGUUUGAAAAGACAUUCAAGAUUGCACACUGAUCAAAAACCUUACAAGUGUGAAAUUUGUUUUAAGCAGUUUAUUCAAUCAGGAACUUUAACAAGACAUAUGAGAAUACACACUGGAGAGAAACCUUACAAGUGUAAAAUUUGUUGCAAGCAGUUUUCCCAAGCAAGCCAGUUGAGUCAACAUCUGAUGGUACACACUGGACAAAAACCAUACAAGUGUGAACUUUGUUCUAAGCAAUUCUCUCAACUAAGUAAUAUUAAACGACAUAUGAGAUCACAUACUCAAGAAACACCUUUCGAGUGUGACAUUUGUUGUGAAAAGUUAGACACAGCAUGUGAUUUGAAACAACAUUCAAGCACACACACAAAGUGUGAAAUUUGUUUUAAGGAGCUUUCUACAGUAGGUAGUUUGAAACGGCAUAUGAGAUAUCACACUGGUGAAAAACCUUAUACGUGUGAAAUUUGUUCUAAGCAGUUUUCUGAAUCAGGUCAUAUAAAAGAACAUAUGAGAUCGCAUACUGGAGAAACACCUUACAAGUGCGAAAUCUGUUGUAAGCAGUUUUCUGUAAAAAGUAGUCUAAACGUUCAUUUGAGAACACAUACUGGAGAAAAACCUUAUAAUUGUGAAAUUUGCUUAAAGCAGUUUUCUGUAAUAUUAGGUUUGAAAAGACAUUUGAGAGUUCACACUGGUGAAAAACCUUACAAGUGUGAGAUUUGCUUUAAGGAGUUCGCUUUUAAAAAACCUUUAAACCAACACAUGAGAAUUCACACUGGUGAAAAACCUUACAACUGUGAAAUUUUCUUUAAGGAGUUUUCUGAAUCAGGUUAUAUGAAACAACAUAUGAGAUCUCAUACUCAAGAAAUAGCUGACAAGUGUGAACUUUGUUUUAAGCAGUUUUCUACAGCAGGUAGUUUGAAACGUCAUAUGAGAUGUCACACUGGAGAAAAACCUUAUAAGUGUGAAAUUUGUUCCAAGCAAUUUUCUCAACUAGAUCAUUUGAAAACACAUUUCAGAACGCACACUCGAAAAACACCUUACAAGUGUGUAAUUUGUUCUAAGCAAUUUGACACAGCAUGUGAUUUGAAACAACAUUCAAUAACUCACACUGGACUUGCACCUUACAGCUGUGAAACUUGUUUUAAGCAGUUUUCACAAAAAGGUAGUCUAAAAAUUCAUUUGAGAACACAUUCUGGAGAAAAACCUUACAAGUGUGAAAUUUGCCUGAAGCAGUUUGCUCAAGUAGGAACUUUGAAAGCACAUUUGAGAGUUCACACUGGCGAAAAACCUUAUAAAUGUGAAAUUUGUUUGAAGCAGUUUUCUCAGCCAAAUAUUUUGAAAACACAUUUAAAGAUUCACAGUGGAGAAAAAACUUAGUGUGAAAUUUGUUUCAAGCAGUUUGAUGCAGCAUAUUUAUUUAUUAAGCGCAACAGGCCUUGAAGGCCUAGGGCUAAAAUGUUUACAUUUCUGAUUACAUAAAUAAUAUAAUAAAUAACGUAAUAUAACUUAGAUAACUUAUAAAACUUAUAAAUUUUAUUUAAUUACA